AUGGAUCUCGGCCCGCCGGAGAUCGUCUCCUUUGUCCACGGCAACGUUACAAGUGAUUCUGACCUUGAGAAUGCCGUUGAUACAGCGGUGUCAAGGUACGGCCAGCUAGACAUCAUGUACAACAACGCUGGAAUCGGAGGUAACCUCGACACCACCAUCUUAAACUCGGACAACGCCGACUUCAAGAAGGUGCUUGAAAUCAACCUCUUCGGAUCCUUCCUCGGAGCCAAACACGCCGCCAGGGUUAUGAUUCCCGCAAGGAAAGGUUGCAUCUUGUUCACCGGCAGCGUUGCCGCUUCUAUAAGUGGCGACUUGUCUUACGCAUACAAGGCUUCCAAGCAUGCUAUUUUGGGGCUCAACAACAACUUGACCGUGGAGCUGGGCAAGUACGGCAUCAGGGUCAACACCAUUUCUCCCUAUGGAGUGGCCACUCCCAUGGUCACAAGCGGCAUGCAAAUGGACAAGAAGGCUGCUGAGGAAUUCAUGUCCGCCGCUGGAAACUUGAGAGGGGCUAUCCUCGAACCCGAGGAUGUUGCUCGGGCUGCCUUAUACUUGGCCAGUGACGAUGCAAAAUACGUGAGCGGAUUGAAUUUGAUAGUUGAUGGAGGCCACAAUCACAACCAUCCGCUUUUUGGUGCAACAGAUCCGCUUGCCAACUGA